AUGAGAGAAAUCAUCCACAUUUCGACUGGCCAAUGUGGUAACCAGAUCGGUGCCGCGUUCUGGGAAACUAUCUGCGGAGAGCACGGUUUGGAUUACAAUGGGACUUAUCACGGACUGGACGACAUCCAAAAAGCGCGUCUAAACGUGUAUUUCAAUGAAGCCUCGUCGGGUAAGUGGGUACCACGUUCGGUGAACGUGGAUCUGGAACCUGGGACCAUCGACGCGGUGCGCAACUCGCGCAUUGGUAACCUUUUCAGACCUGAUAACCAUAUCUAUGGACAGUCAUCAGCCGGUAACGUUUGGGCAAAGGGCCAUUACACGGAAGGAGCUGAGCUUGUGGACUCUGUUAUGGAUGUCGUUCGUCGCGAGGCCGAGGGCUGUGACUCCCUGCAGGGUUUCCAAAUCACACACUCGCUAGGUGGUGGUACAGGCUCGGGUAUGGGUACGCUGCUGAUCUCAAAAAUCCGUGAAGAGUUCCCAGACCGUAUGAUGGCUACCUUUUCUGUGGUUCCUUCCCCAAAGACCUCCGACACCGUUGUUGAGCCUUACAAUGCUACAUUAUCCGUGCACCAGCUCGUGGAACAUUCUGACGAAACUUUCUGUAUCGAUAACGAAGCCCUUUACGACAUUUGUCAAAGAACUUUGAAAUUGACCCAGCCUUCGUACAACGACUUGAAUCAUUUGGUUUCCUCUGUGAUGUCAGGUGUGACCACUUCGCUGCGUUAUCCGGGGCAACUAAACUCUGACUUGAGAAAAUUGGCUGUCAAUUUGGUUCCCUUCCCUCGUCUACAUUUCUUCAUGGUUGGUUACGCGCCAUUGACCUCCAUUGGAUCCCAAUCCUUUAGGUCUCUCACUGUUCCGGAGCUGACGCAACAAAUGUUUGAUGCCAAGAACAUGAUGGCCGCUUCUGAUCCUAGAAACGGUAGAUACUUGACCGUGGCCGCUUUUUUCAGAGGUAAGGUCUCGGUCAAGGAAGUUGAAGACGAAAUGCACAAGGUCCAGACUCGUAACUCAUCAUAUUUCGUAGAGUGGAUUCCUAACAACGUGCAAACCGCAGUGUGUUCAGUAGCACCCAAGGAUCUCGAUAUGUCGGCCACGUUUAUUGGUAACUCAACCUCCAUUCAAGAGCUAUUCAAGAGAGUGGGAGACCAAUUUGGUGCGAUGUUUAGAAGAAAGGCCUUUUUACACUGGUACACAAGUGAAGGUAUGGAAGAGAUAGAGUUUUCUGAAGCUGAAUCUAAUAUGAAUGACUUGGUUAGUGAAUAUCAGCAAUACCAAGAAGUGAGCGUUGAAGACGAUGAAGAGCUCGAUUAUGCUGAUGAACAACCAAUGCCAGAAAACUUUGAGUAA